ACUGACAGGAAAUGUUCUAUUGACAACAUCCUGAGUGACAGAGGUAAUAGCAAGAGAGGAGACAAUUCUGAUGUGACUGAUGUGACCAGGUCUCGCUGAGGAUACAAAAAUAUCUGCAGGAUACCACACCCCUACCCUAUUUUUCCCCCGGAUGGUAGGAAUGAGGAUCACAGUGUUAUAAAUAUUAAGGCUGCAUAAUAUUAAUCAACAUACAAGCAAAACAUGAUCAACUCUCCAGAGAGUGUUACAGAGAAACCAAUUUUAUGGGAUGGAGGACACCUCUCCGAUAUUUAUACACCCACAGAUCAUACACAGUAUACAUCUACUCAUAUUAAGGAGGAGUCAGUCUCAUGUGAUGGUGGAGACCUCACACACACUGACAUGUAUACACCUAGAUAUUAUACACUGUAUACACCUACUCAUAAUAAGGAGUCAGGCUCAUGUGAUGGAGGAGACCUCACACACACUGACAUGUAUACACCUACAGAUCAUACACAGUAUACAUCUACUCAUAUUGAGGAGGAGUCAGGCUCAUGUGAUGGAGGAGACCUCACACACACUGACAUGUAUACACCUACAGAUCAUACACUGUAUACACCUACUCAUAAUAAGAAGGAAUCAGGCUCAUGUGAUGGAGGAGACCCACCACACACUGACAUGUAUACACCUACAGAUCAUACACAGUAUACAUCUACUCAUAAUAAGGAGGAGUCAGGCUCAUGUGAUGGAGGAGACCUCACACACACUGACAUGUAUACACCCACAUAUCAUACACUGUAUACACCUACUCAUAAUAAGGAGGAGUCAGGCUCAUGUGAUGGAGGAGACCCACCACACACUGACAUGUAUACACCUACAGAUCAUACACAGUAUACAUCUACUCAUAAUAAGGAGGAGUCAGGCUCAUGUGAUGGAGGAGACCUCACACACACUGACAUGUAUACACCCACAUAUCAUACACUGUAUACACCUACUCAUAAUAAGGAGGAGUCAGGCUCAUGUGAUGGAGGAGACCCACCACACACUGACAUGUAUACCCCCACAUAUCAUACACUGUAUACACCUACUCAUAUUAAGAAGGAAUCAGGCUCAUGUGAUGGAGGAGACCCCCCACACACUGACAUGUAUACACCUACAGAUCAUACACAGUAUACAUCUACUCAUAUUGAGGAGGAGUCAGGCUCGUGUGAUGGAGGAGACCUCACACACACUGACAUGUAUACCCCCACAUAUCAUACACUGCAUACAUCAACUCCUAUUACAGGGGAACCAGUCUCAUGUGAAGGAGGUAAUCUACAUUCUACAUGUGACCCUAGUUUGGAAGGCGGCGAAGUGGACUGUAAUACACAGCCCAGUAACCUUUCUGAGAAUCAUACAGGACAUGAUAUAAAUGUAUGUGGUGCAUCAGCUCCACAGAAUGUCCAGUAUAGCGAGCAGACCUAUAAGUGCUGUGAGUGUGGAAUGAUUUUUACAGUCCAUUCUGAACUACUUAAGCAUGAGGCCACUCAUGCACAGAAUACAUCGGCUCUAUGUUCUGAACUUGGGAAAUGCGUCAGUGGAAAAAAGCCAUUUUCCUGCUCUGUCUGCGGGAAAUGUUUUACCCAGAAGGCCAAUCUCACCAGGCAUCAGCUAAUCCACACCGGAGAGAAGCCAUUUUGCUGCUCAGUCUGCAAGAAAAGCUUUAACCGAAAGUCAAAUCUCCUAACCCAUCAGAGGAGCCACACAGGAAGUAAGUCCUUUACUUGUUCCCAAUGUGGUAAAUCUUUCAGUUUCAAAUCUGAUCUUGUGGUACAUCAGAGAAUACACACCGGGGAGAAGCUCUACUCCUGCUCGGAAUGUGGGAAAUGCUUUGCCCAGCACUCAGCCCUUGCGAUACAUCACCGGAGUCACACCGGAGAGAAGCCGUAUUUCUGUUCUGAGUGUGGCAAAUGCUUCAUCACUGACUCACACCUCAAGAUGCAUCAGAGAAUUCACACGGGAGAAAAGCUAUAUGCCUGCUCUCUGUGCGGGAAACAGUUUACCAGCAAUGGGAGCCUCACUAGACACCAGAAGAUUCACACCGGAGAAAAGGGGUAUCCUUGCCCCGAAUGUGGGAAGUGUUUUACCCACCAAUCAAAUCUCAAGAUUCAUCAGAUCAUUCACACUGGGGAAAAGUUUUCCUGCUCGGUCUGUUGGAAGGAGUUUGCGGACAAGUCAGGGCUUAUUAGGCACAAGAAAAUUCACACAGGGGAGAGACCGUACUCCUGCUCUGAAUGUGGGAAAUAUUUCAACACCAGCUCAAACCUUAAGGCCCAUCACAGGGUUCAUACUGGAGAAAAGUCAUGUUCCUGCUCCGAGUGCGGGAAAAGUUUCACUGACAUUUCAGGGCUUAUUAAACACCGGAAGGUCCACACAGGAGUGAAACCGUAUUCGUGCUCCGACUGUGGGAAGUGUUUCACCACCAAAUCCCAUCUUAUGACGCAUCAGAGAAUUCACACCAGAGGGAAGUAACUGUAUGACUGUUACCACUCUGUUCCCCGGGAGCUGCCUUGAGUUCAUCCCUGUCUGAUUGCUACUCCCCUUUUAGACUGUAGGCUCUCACGGUUAGGGCCCUCUUCCCUCAUGUGUUUUUCCUUAACUCCCCAUCAUCUCCUCACACUGCCUACAACAGCACCAAACCUUUGGGUUCGGUCCCCCUGCUGCUUAUUUUGAUAUUAUGACUGCUACUACGGAAAUGUUUAUAAACCUUAUACCGUAGUUCAUGUUCUGCGAGUCACUUUUCUAUUGUCUGUACUGUUUCUGUUAACUUUGUAAGGUGCUGUGGACCUCUUGUGAUGGCAUAUUAAUAAAGGAUAACUAAUGAUAGGAGGAAUUGAUCAAGUAAGAAAGUGUUAAAUAGAUAGCCAAGGUUUUGCAGAUGAAUAGAAUAUGUUCUUGCUUUGAUUGGGGGAAUCAUUGAUUUUGUAAAUCAUAUCUCUAGAUAUAUACAGUAUAUACCUCCCAACAUAUAUAUAUAUAUAUAUAGAGAGAGAGAGAGGGAGAUAGGAUAUGCGUGUGUCUGUGUAUGAAAUAUUUUUUUUAGUAGGGUAUGCCAUGAUGAACAUAGAAGUCGUCACUCAGGAGAUAAACAGCCUGUUGCUUUGAAUGCGGGGGUCACUUUCCAAUUGGGCAUUUCUUGUUAACAUUCAGCAAAUUCAUAUUGGUAAGAAUGGGGGUUGUAUUUUAUGUAGAACAAUACCGCAAAUCAUAAAUAAAAAAUAAAAACUCAAA